AUGGAGGAAGUCCGGGAACCUCUGAGCGGGAAGCUCCGACUCUGCUUCUCCCCUGCUGCCCGGACCAGCCUCUUACUGCUCAGACUCAACGAGGCGGCGCUGCGGGCUCUGCAAGAGUGUCCCCGGCAACAGGUACAGCCAGUGAUCGCUUUCCAAGGCCACCGAGGGUAUCUGAGGCUCCCAGGCUCUGGCUCCUCCUGCCUCUUCUCCUUCAUAGUGUCUCAGUGUGGCCAGGAGGGCGCUGGUGGUAGCUUGGAUCUUGUGUGCCAGCGUUUAGGCAGAUCUGGGCCUAACCGCCUCCACUGCCUGGGCCCACUCAGGGAACGCCUCACCGUUUGGGCAGCCAUGGAUUCUAUCCCAGCCCGAUCGUCAGCUCAGGGACACAACCUUACUGAAGAUGCCAGACAUCCUGAGAGUUGGCAGAACACAAGAGACUAUUCUGAAGGAGAUGCAGCAUCACAGCCACAGAUGUCAGUAGAAGAGGUGUCAGAUCCACUGGCAAUCAACCAAGGACAGUCAUUCCCAGGAUCCUCAAGGGAGUAUAUGGCACAGUGGGAAGUGAGGAACCAGGCCCAUCUUCCAAAUAGAGAGCCUGAUCAGGCACUGUCUUCCUCUGCCAGCCGGAAAUGUCUAGACAAGAAACGUCCAGCUCCUGUAGCUACUACAGAACUAGAGGAAAAGAGGUUCAGAGCUCUGCCUCUAGCUCCAAGUCCCCUACAAGGGCUACCCAAUCAGGAUUUACAAGAGGGAGAAGAUUGGGAGCAAGAAGAUAAGGAUGAAGACAUGGAUCCCAGCCUGGAGCACAGUGCCUCAGUUCAAGCAGACUCUGAAUCCCCAAGCCCUGAAGAGGUACCAGAUUACCUCCUGCAAUACAGGGCCAUCCACAGUGCAGAACAAAAACAUGCCUAUGAGCAGGACUUUGAGACAGAUUAUGCUGAAUACCGGAUCUUGCAUGCCCGUGUUGGGGCUGCAAGCCAAAGGUUCAUAGAGCUGGGAGCAGAGAUCAAGCGAGUUCAGCGAGGAACUCCAGAACAUAAGGUGCUAGAAGAUAAGAUAGUCCAGGAAUAUAAAAAGUUCAGGAAGCGGUACCCAGGUUAUAGGGAAGAAAAACGUCGCUGUGAGUACCUGCAUCAGAAAUUGUCCCACAUUAAAGGUCUCAUCCUGGAGUUUGAGGAAAAGAACAGGGGCAGCUGA